UCGGCUAGAGUGCCAAUGGAUGGUUCCCCACAUUUCCCUGAAGAGUGAAAAUAAGUUUGUUUCAGGGUUAAACUCAAGAAAAGACUUUGGUGAUCAAAAUAUUGCUGGCCAACAUGUGACUGAAAAGAUAAAAUUAGAAGAUGAUGAGCAUUAUAAACCUUCUAGUUCCAACCGAGGAACUCAACAGACUAAAGAUUUAUUGUUCUUGAAGGAUCUGAAUGGGACUGAUGGAUCACAACAUAGUGAUCUAAAACUGCCUAUUACUUUACACCCACUUCCACCUGGAAUCAAACUUCAACUUCAAGGAUCAUCUUCCACAUGUGAUGUGGUCAAAUUUGCCAAAUUAUCUGGACCACUAGCAUCAAACAAUCUGGGCGACAUCAGGCUACAGACGCAAGUGGAUCCAUCCUUGAAAAUCAAUACUAUAAAUGUUCCCCUUACUGUUCCUCCUACAGAAGCAGAAAUCAAUGAUAUGCCACCCUCCAAAGACAGAAGUGGGCAUAUAAAACGGCCAAUGAAUGCAUUUAUGGUUUGGGCUCGAAUUCACAGACCUUCGUUAGCCAAGGCAAACCCCAAUGCAAAUAAUGCUGAAAUUAGUGUCCAACUCGGCCUGGAGUGGAACAAACUGACUGAAGAACAGAAGAAACCCUAUUAUGAUGAAGCACAAAAGAUAAAAGAAAAACACAGGGAAGAAUUUCCUGGAUGGGUGUACCAGCCACGACCAGGGAAAAAAAAACGAUUUGCAUUGGGUGUUCCUUCAAACGUUUUUCCUGGCAGUGGUCAAAAUAUUGUUUCGACAACUCCAGCAACCAUUUACCCCUAUCGGCCUGCCACCUACUCAGUAGUUAUUCCGAAUUUACAAACAAAUGUCAACCGUCCAUCAGUUAUUGAUAUUUUUGCAUCAGGCUGUUGUUAUUACAUACCUACGGAGCAGGAUGAACCUGAUCCCAGCCCUCCUAGCACAAAGGUCCUAGCACAUGGCCACUGUGCCACAAAAGCAUCUCCUAGAGGAAAUAAGCAGUGUCCACCAAUACUCUCGAUGCCUUUCAAGAGAGCAGGUCAAAGCCAACCUCUACGCAUGCCAGUUGCUCAAGGUCCUCGUCCAAAUUCAAUUAUACUUUAUCCACAAACAAACCCUGUCCAGGUUGGUCUUCCUACGCAGAGUAUAUCUAACCACCCCACUGUGCAACCCACUUGUCCUCCAGGACACGGUAGAAGUGAGGUCCAUCAUGAGGUUCCUGGUCCAAGUGCGGUGUCAAAUUGUUCAGAGCAAAGGAUACCUACGAUGUCAGUGGAUAUUGGCAAAAGAAAUUCGACAAAUGAAAUUAAUAACACCCACAAUAGAGUUACUAUACCUGAAGUACCACCACAAAAGGAGAUACCUACUGUUGCCAACUGCCCUAGAAAUCCACCACCAAUGCCUUCAGCAACUCUUCCACAUCCACAUGCUUACCAACAUCCACCAAUGGGGCAUGCUGCUAAUCUCUUCGGAGCUGCUGCCCGAUUUCCUUUUCAUCAUCCUUAUUUCUUGCCUGGACCACCGUAUUUCCCCUCAAGUACCUGCCCUUACAGUAGGCCACCCUAUGGCUACGGUGAUUUCGCAAACAGUAUGUCUGAAUGCCUGGGCUAUUAUGAGGACCGCUACCAGAAGCAUGAAGCUAUGUUCUCUGCACUCAAUCGAGAUUACCCUUUUAGAGAGUAUCCAGAUGACUGUCAACGCAACACUGACUCCAGGAGCAAUAGCAGCAUUGAGGAAGGACCUCACUCCAACAGCCUGGGAGGAGAAGAGUACCUGAACUCUGUGCCACAGUUAGAUGUUGGUGCGCUGGAAAAUGUCUUCACUACCCCAAUGUCUGCUCCAUCACAGCCACAAAGAGUGGAGAUGGUCCAUAGUGAUGAUGAACAAGAAGGCAAAGUAUUAAAAAGUCUGUAG